UCGCCUGCGCGUAUAUAAAUACUUUUGGUCAUCGUUGCAGACAUCAGUUCAGCUUACGAUUUCGUGCUAUAAACGGUCCUCUAAAGCGUCUUAGCCGUGCCUAAAGCCACAGUUGUGCCAGUUCAGUUUAAUUUGAAACGAAUCCUUCGUCCUUUUGUUCGCGUCGUGUGCUGUCGUCUGUGCUCAAUAGAAAUGAAGUACUUUGUUGCCAUUGCUCUGCUGCUUGCCGCCGCCCAAGCUGUGCCAAUUGAGCUGGGUCACUAUGGUCCAUCAUUGUUGCAGGUGCAUCAUGCCCCAGUGUUGGCCCAUGCUGUGCAUGCGGAGCCGGUGGCCUAUCCCAAAUACUCCUUCAACUAUGGCAUCAAGGAUCCCCACACCGGCGAUAUCAAGUCUCAGGCUGAGGAGCGUGAUGGUGAUGUUGUGAAGGGCCAAUACUCGCUGGUCGAGCCCGAUGGCUCUGUGCGCACCGUAGACUACACUGCCGAUGAUCAUAACGGUUUUAAUGCCGUCGUCCACAAGACCGCGCCCAAGAUCAUCGCCCAUGCGCCCGUCGUGCACGCUCCAGUCCUGGCACACGCCCCGCUACUGCACCACUACUAAAGGCCGUCGAGCAGUCGAGUCAUGAAGGUGCUCUCUCCCCCACAAGCAACCGCAAACACAGCAAUCAAUAUAUAGGAACAACAGGCAGAUAAAACAGAUCCAUUGAAAAAUCGUUAAUACGUGUACAUUUUUUUUGUAAGUAAGUAAAAUGUAGCUAAGAAGUUUUUAGUAGAAACGGGCACCUUAGUGGGUGCCCGGCACCCGGCUGAUCUGGCAUGGCAUGGACGAAGGAAAUACGAACAAAAACAAAACAAAACAAAAAAACAAAAACAAAAGCAUAAUGACUUGAUCUUGAUCAUAGCACGAGUAUGAGAAUGAUGAUGAUGAUGAUGACGAUGAUGACGAUGACGAUGAUGAUGAUGAUGAUAAUGAUGAUGAUGUUGGCGAACGUUGAUAAUGUUUUGAUACAAGGCGUAAACUGAAGCAACAGCAGCAGCAGCAGAAAUCAUAGUUGCAAACGAGGCAAAGUUUUUGAAUGCACAUAUAUAUGGAUAUAUAUAUUUUUGUAUAUUUUGUAUAUUUAAUCAAUGUUUCAUAUUAUAUUUAACCACUUCCGCCCAUUACCAUUCAGCAUCGAGCACAAGUCAAGGUCAGCACGAAAAAUAAUCACAAAUGCAGCUGUUCUUACAAACCAAUUCGCAAAGGCAUCUUUCAGAACUUAACCACAACUAUUUGUCUAUCAAAAAACUAGUUUCUUCAACUUUCAAUUUCUUCCGCUCUCACUUUUGUAAUAUAUUUAUGCGUUCUCUCUCACUAUCACUCUCUCUAUCUGUCGCUCUUAUGGUGAUGCCUUUGGCGCCAUAUAAAAAAAAACUGUGGUCAAUUGAAGAACUGCCACGUCCUACUAACAGCUUGGGGCGUGCCAGCUCCGCAAGAUUGUUUAAUAUUUAAGCAACGGGAGCAUUUUGUGCCAUUUCAUUUGACGCACCGUUUGGCAAGCACUGGGCCAUAGAUACAGCUACUCUUGUGAUACCUUGGCGCGUGCGUUUCGUGCAUUUCGAUUCAGCCAUUCAAGUUACGCUUGAAAAAAAUAUUUCAACAUAUUGUCAAGAACUCUCACCCACACGCUCGCUGUCUCACGCACUCAACUAUCUCAUUCUCGCUCACUCUUUCUCUUUCCUCUUAUUACUCAACGCUCAACUGACGCUCUCUACGACUAUCUCACUCACACACACACACACAUACACAUCCACACUCUCAGUCUGACACUUUUGUAUCUAGUUUCAUUUUUGCAUUUAGUAUUCUUCACAAUUUGUGUGUAUUGUAUUUAUAAACAAUUAUGCCGCUUAAUUAUAAUAUCAAUAUAUAUGUAUAUAAAAUGUAAACAACAACAAAAAAAAUCACAAAAAAAAAAAUCAUUGUUGCAUCAAUGUUGUCUCUGUAGAUCAAACAAACAACAACAAGAAGAAAAAGAAACUCUCACAUGUCUCUCACGCUCAAAGUUCAUUGAGUAAUUAUUUUAUACAAUACAAAUUCUUGAUAAACACAA